GUGGAGGCAUCAUUCCGUCGACGGGGAUAAUUGCUUCUUCUACCUCUUUUCCAACAACUACAUACGUUGACCAUGAAGAUGAUAAUGAGAGGACCGUCAGUAAUGAGUGUGGUGUUGUCAGCACUAUUCAUCACCACAAUUCAUGCGUUUACCCCUUCGAUUGUUACUUCACUCCACACACGCAUGGCAUUGGCGUUGUCUACCAGCAGUACGGAUGAGGAGCAAACCACCUUGUCGCUGUCGCUCGAAAAACCAUUGGGAAUGAUUUUGGAAGAAGUUGAAGAAGGAGCUCCCAAGGGUGUCUUUGUCCUGGAAUUGGCCGACGGCGGAUCCGCCGCCCAAAGUCCCCAAAAGGAUGACAUUGUGGGAAGUACAUUGGCCACGGUCAUGGGGGAAGAUGUCACUACCAUCGACUUUGAUGCCGUCAUGGAAAAAAUCAUCAAUGCUCCUUCGCCCGUAGAGUUGGAACUGAUUGUUGUCAGCGGUAGCAGUGAUGAUAAUGAGGAGGAAGACGGAUUUGCCCUGGGAACUCCAGUGACUGUGACAGUCCAGAGAGACGGACAACCCGACCUGGACAUUGACACCAAAGUGGGAGACAAUUUGAGACAACUUCUAAUCGACAAUGAAGUGGAAGUAUACAGAGGUUUCAAGGCCAAAAUCGGAAACUGUGGAGGAGGAGGUCAGUGUGGAUUCUGUGCCGUGGAGUUUGUAGACUCUCAGGGAUGGGAACCCAGAUCCGAAUACGAGGACAACAAAAUCAAAAACAGCCCAAACUCGAGACUGUCCUGCUUGAACAACAUUCAAGGACCUGUAACAAUCAAAAUGUAGUCCAAUUACUUGAACUAUUCAAUUUACAUAGUACUGUAGAAGCAAUGAAAGCAGUGUGCAAUGCGUGGAAAGUCACAUCUUCUGUCAGCAGUGAUGCAAGGAACAUAGCACAAUACUAGUAGAGCCACGCGGUCUACCGAUACCUGGAAGGACCUUCUUGUAAACUAAACCUCAAUAAUUCUUUUCU